CUCUGUGCUGUCCCUGGCUCUGCUCAGAGUUCUCAGCUAGAUGGGACCAAAGCUUAACUGGCCCGCAGACCCACACAUCAGCCCCCGGGGGAGAGAGAGCAGAAAAGAGGAGGCAGGAAGGGAGAGCAGCCCACAGAGAGCAGAGGGCUGCUGCUAGUGUGCACACUGGCUAAGAGACAUACACACUACUUUUCCUGUAGAGCUGUUAAUGAGGCAGGCUGGGUCCACUCCAGCUCAUCUCAGUCUGGCGUCCAGAGGUGGCCGGGGGGGACGAAGUGUGUACCUUGUGUGACUUUAUUUUGCAACUUUUAAACACUGGAACUGUACUGUGAGCAUUAUGACUCUUCUGGGCUCUGAACACUCCAUACUGAUACGAAGCAAGUUUAGAUCAGUCCUACAGUUAAGACUUCAGCAGAGGAGGACACGAGAGCAGCUGGCAGACCAAGGCAUCAUGCCUCACCCAGCCUCAGACGGCUCCUCUCUAGAGGCCCAGAUGAGGCUGAAGCGAGCACGGCUCGCCGAGGACCUGAAUGAGAAGCUGGCUCUCAGGCCGGGGCCCCUGGAGCUGGUCCAAAAGAAUAUCAUUCCCCUAGACUCUGCCAUCACAAUGACAGUAAACCACGGUAAGUUCCCCAAGCAGGAGGAUUCUUAUGCAUUUGAGGAGGACAGCAGCAGUGAGAGUCUGUCUCCAGAGCAGCACCACAGUGAUGAGUCACAGGGCUCAGCCUGCCCUUCAUCGGAGGCUGUUGGCAGUACGCCCUCCUCCUCCUCUUCACCUGCCCUCACCAGCCCACGACAGGGAGGCGCAACCCGAGACCCACCUGACCAAAGCCAGGAUGAAGGGCUGUCUGGUGCCAACAACAGCCAGGCUACUCCCCCAAUACCUGUUCCUGCUAUCGUCAAGUCCAAGACGUCAGACAAGAACCGACACAAGAAGCCCAAAGAUGUGAAGCCAAAGGUGAAGAAGCUCAAGUACCAUCAGUACAUUCCUCCGGACCAGAAGGCUGAGAAGUCCCCACCACCCAUGGACUCAGCUUACGCCCGACUCCUCCAGCAGCAGCAGCUCUUCCUGCAGCUGCAGAUCCUCAGCCAGCAGAAGCAUGCUCACACACAUUCACAGUCGCAGCAGUCGCAGCAGCACGCACACACCCAACAGACUCAGGCCCAGCAGCGGCAGCCCGCUUUCAGCUACCAGCCUCACCCACCAACCCAAACCCAAAAAGGAGCUAGUGAGCAGCUAUCAGCUUGUAGCUCUAGUGCUCCAUCCAGCCAAGCCAACAGUAAUUCGUCGUCCCCGGUCAAGAACACGUAUGCCAACCAAAGUAACAUCUCCCCGGUCAAACCUGGGCCCCUGCCAGCUAAUCUGGAUGACCUUAAAGUUUCAGAGCUCAGGCAGCACCUGCGUAUUCGAGGCAUGCCCGUCUCCGGCACCAAGACAGCCCUCAUCGAGCGACUACGACCCUUCAAGGACUCCAACACCAGCUCCUCGCCCUCGGGCUCCUCUGACAUCACCACAGUGACCUUCCCCGUCACACCCACAGGAUCCCUGUCCUCCUACCAGUCCCCAUCCUCCUCCAGUGCCCUCUCCCAGGGAGGCUAUUACCCUUACCCCAGCACCUCCUCCACCCCUCCCAUCUCUCCGGCCUCCUCAGAGCUGUCCCUCAGCGGCUCUCUUCCUGACAGCUUCAGCGACGUGCCCAUGUCCUCGCCAACACAGUUCGCCCUCCAGCCAUCUCCAGCCCAACUCAGCAUGGAGGACGGCCUGGGAGGGGGAGGACCAAGGGUGGGGGAGGGUGGAGGUAUGGAUGGAGUGGAUACUGAAAAAGAUAAGAUGCUGGUGGAAAAGCAGAAGGUGAUUGAGGAGCUGACAUGGAAGCUGCACCAGGAGCAGAGACAGGUUGAAGAGCUAAGGAUGCAGCUCCACAAAAGGAAACGCUGCUAUGGAGCAACACAGGACACCGCCCCUCCUCCAUCUCACCCCUCCAUGCACCACCAGCAGACUCCAGCCAUGAUGGGCCAGCACUUCUUUGGGGUGACUAUCAAGCAGGAGCCCAUGUCCUUGUCCUCCAGCUGCCCUCUGUCCUCUCCCAAACAGCUGAAGAGCUCUCCUGGCAGCUGCAUGGAGGAUAUUGGACACUGCAACAACCCCCUCUCAAACAUGGGGGGCCCCAGUGGGCCACAGUGUAUGGACACUUCCUCUGGCAGCCCCUCCACAAUGUCCGCUUUCCUCAGUCCACAGUGCUCACCACAAGACUCCCCCAUCGGAAAGCCUUCCAGCAGCCCCCAGCCUUCAUCUCCUAACAACCCCUACUUGCUAUCACCUCCAUUGGGAAGGGACGGCUGCGGUCACCCCCACCCCCAGAGCAAUAACAGAGCACGCAACAUGCAGAUGCAGCAGAAGAACGGUGGCCAGGCGGUGAACUGUUCUUAUCCUUCUGACCAAAGAGCCCUUCAGGGAGUCUUUCCCAACUCAACUGACUGUGGCCACAGUGGCUCAGCCAAGUCUGAGAACCAGAAUAUGCAACCUAAGAUGUCAGUAAUGCCCUCUCCUCGGCAUGUUGGCUUAAAGUGCCAGGUCCCUCCCCCUGCCUUCAGUAGCUCAGAUUCAGAUGCAUCAGUCUUAAGACAGCCCCCAUGCUAUGAGGAUGCAGUGAAGCAGCAACUGACCAGAAGUCAGCAGAUGGACGAACUUCUGGAUGUGCUGAUAGAGAGUGGAGAGAUGCCAGCUAACGCCAGAGAAGAGAGGGAGAGGGCCUCUGUAACCAAAGUUGUGCCUCACAUUACUGUGUCCCCAGGGUGUCCCGGCCUCCUCAUCCCGAGGUUCCACAGACACUACGAACACCUGUCCCCCAGCCAGCUCCCUUACGACCACUCAGCCAAUCACAUCACUGAGAGCCACCUGGAGAAUCUGCUGGGAAGUCCAGUUGGCCGGGGAGGGGAGGUGGCCCUUCUCAAAAUGCCUACUGAGGACGGGGGGCAGGAAGACGAAGGGAACAGAGAUGGCGAAGGGUAUGGCAGCCCCCACAACCACCACCGCCACCCUCACCAUCCCCAACAGGACAAACUUCUAACCAACAGAGAUCUGAUGGACACCCCUCUGUCGCCCAUCGGCACCAAGGUGUCCACCGUCCCUGAGGUGCAGGGAAUGGUCAGCAUGACUUUCAGCGAGACGCCAUGGGAGACGAUGGAGUGGCUGGACCUGACGCCACCCAGCUCAGCCACAGCCUUCAGUAUUGCUCCACCCAGUGGGCCCAGCAUCUUCAACACAGAGUUCCUGGAUGUCACAGACAUUAACUUAAACUCUGCCAUGGACCUUCACCUGGAACACUGGUGAAAGCAACAUGCUAGCCAUCAGCCGCCAAGUUGCUGUACGGACUGCUGAUAUCAUGACCAUACCAAAGAAACAUUGACUUCUAACAGCUUUAGUCCAAGUGCCAGAAUGUGCCUCUUGUCAUAAAUCAGUGGGAUGUAACAUUAAGUAGACUGUAAGCCUACCUUCAAAAAUUGACGGCUGAGUCAAAAGUCGAACUACAGAAUUAUAUUUUGACUUAUUCUCUCUACUUCAUAGAAAUGAGCUUCUCAUGCUGUCAUCAUAUCCAGAAUCCGAGGACUAGGUGCUUUCUGACAUGUUCUUUGCCCUUUUUGGACAACAAUGUGCACAACUACCAAAUAAGUAUAACAGUGGACACAUGAAGGAUUUUCUAGAUAAUGGAUUACGAGAUUACAGUGUUCUACCAACACUUUAUGCAAUAUCAGUGUUACACCACCUAGACUUGAAGACACAUUUUGACAAUCAUUGUAUAUUUUCUGAGUCUAUGUUUGUAUUACUGGAAAAAAAAGAAAGGAAUUACAAGGUGAAUUGGAUUGCUUAGUAUGGCCAUUUUGUAAAUAUCUUAACUGUACUGACAGAGACAAGUUGACGUCUGCAUAUAUUUUGUCAGUGGUGUGGGAGAAGACACAAACCACAAAUCAAGUGUAUUAUGUAAUCAGUUUAUCAAACAAUGUAAAUAUGACAAACUUAUCUCACUGUGCACCUCUAGCUACAUAUACAUUUGUCACAGUUUGCUUGAGCUUAGAAUACGUGUGUAGAAAUGGUUGUCAUUUCUUUGAAGGAUUUUUUUUAUAUAACUUUCUUUUCACUAUUUGGCGUAGUUAUCGACAGAAUGACAUUAUGGAGAGAAAUGAAUGUCUUUGAGAAACCUUUGGUCUUAUCAAUUUUAAUCGGCAAAAAACCUGUGCCUUAUUCCAACAACUUUUUAUUACCAUCUUUUUAUACCAGUUUCCCCUUUUCAAUGUGUUAGUACUGUGCUAUUCCCCUGAAAGCUGUUGACAGACAUUAAAGGGACAGUUCACCUCAAAUUCAAAAAUUCAUAUUUGUCCCCCUGCCUGUAUUAUCAGUCUAGUUUGUUUUGGUCUGAGUUGGAGAGUGUUAGAGAUAUCGGACAUAAAGAUGACCGCCUUGUCUCCAGUAUAAUGGAACUAGAUGGCACUCAGCUUAUGGUGUCCAAAGUGCCACAAAAAAUACAUUUUAAAACUCAACAGCAGUUCCAGAAAUCCUUACCCACCCAGAUACUCAAAAUAAUCCACAAACCUUGUUGGGAGCAGUUUCAUGUAGGAAAUUAUUUUUUUCUUCUUCUACUGAACUCCAACUGAAUAUUGGAGACAAGGUAGAUAGCUCUAGGGCUGAUAUCUCCAACACUGCGACUCACACCAAAACAACCUAGAUUAAUAAAAGGCCUGACAGGUAUUUUUUUUUUCAAUUUUUGAGUGAACUUUCCCUUUAAUAUAGAAAGUGCCAACAUAAGUCAACAUCAGUUAUUCUUGAGCAGCAAAAUCAGAGAAAAAUAUUUAUGAAAAAUGCAACUUAAUUGCUAUUUUUAAUUAUUAGAAAGUUUAUGUACUUAAAAUGUCACCCUUUCUAUUCCCAGGCCACAGUUAUUUAUUUUGUGUUUUUAUAUUUAUCCUGUAUUUAUACUGACAUUCCUUUCUAAUAGAUUGGGGCUCUUUGAUUUAACGGAAAAACUCCAGUACUGCCAUUUUGACCAUGGACAUUUCUUAGUAAAUCAGUUCUCUUAAAAUGUGAUACAAAGUGAAGGAACCACUUGGAAAAGCCAUGCUUACUUAAAUCACUUUCUUUAAAGAAUCCUAUGAAGUGGACAUGUCCAUUCUUAGCACUUGUGAAUAGGAAAAUGUAAUAUAUUCAGAUCUUUACUGUGAAUAUUGCAUGUUAACACAGCAUAAACGUGUACCAGAGCCAGCCUUAACACACAGUAAUUACACUAAUGAGAGAAUUUCAGACUCAAAUUACCUUCAUGGUUUUUAGUUUAGGUCAGUAUUUGUGUUUUUAACACAUGUAAAAAGUUCAAGGAGGGAGUUAGAUGAGAAAAUCAAUACCACUCUAAUAUCUAUAGGCUACACUAAAUAUUUGGCUGCAGCCCAUAGAGUGCCCCAGGAAUGAGUCGUAAAACCCACAAAUGAGGUAGCACUGUUGCAAUCCUGGUUCCGUCAUCUUGAAGUCAGUGGGGUUUUGAAUGGGGUUUUGGUUAGAUGCCUGAAAUAAGGUCUGUGAUUAACACAAGCCUAAGAGACUUUAACAUUUUGUUUUAUGCCAUAAAAUGUGUCAGUAAAUACCUCCUCUCGUGAACGUUUAAGCUACAAUGUAUUUUUAAAAAGGCGGUUGCUAACAAGUGGCUAAAUGAGACUACAGAUCAUCACGCUGAACCAUGCCAAACAGAGCUUUACAGACUUGUUAUGGUGGUGAUGUCAGCUCAUGUGACCACGGUGUAGUUUCUUUAUAGCCAACGUUAGCUUUUAACUUCUGGUGAUUGCAUUUAGACUUCAAUGAUCACAAAAGUGGUGUUCAUUUGUGAAAAUUAUCUUGCUGAACAGAACGAGCAAGUAUCAUAAUCAUUUGUCAGUCACAGAGUUUAUUUUCAGCAAUAAUCCAAAAUCCAAUGGAAAAAUCCCAUAGACCUUUUUGAAGGGGGAACCGGUGCAAUGCUAACUUCUGCGUUGGCCUACAGAAAAAUGUCAUCCCUGGGGCACUGUAUUAGCUUUGCUUACAUAAAGACUGGAAACUGGGAAACACCUAGCCUGCUAGCUAACUUACUGCUGCCUGUGAAACACUUGGCCACAAGCCUAUGUACCUCCCUGUUCUCGGCAACAUUUUCAGCCUCUCUCUUAGUCAAAUUUAUCUCAGCUAGCACCUGAGAUGCUAGCUGAGAUAAUGCUCGCUGACUAACACGUAUCUUUUAAAUGAAUCCAGCACAUAACCCCUCUGAAAAUCAAAACUUGUUUUUACACUUUGGUUUUUGUACAAAUUAAACAAAUGAAAUAUAAUGUGUUAAUUAGUGAGCUUUAUUUGCCCUGGUAGGUGGAUCUUAUUACAGUCAGGCUAGCAGUUUGCCUGUUUGUUGUGCUAAGCUAGCUAAGCUAAGCUAACCGUGUUCAUGUUUACCAGACGCAAUGUUUUUUUUUUUUCCUAGGAUGGCAAAGGCAUGACCCACAUUCUUACUAAAGCUGCUUUCAAACCGCCAGGUGGUAACCGCCGGCCUGCAAGAGGGUUCCCCCAAAUAGCAAAGUGUUUUGAAAAGUGGCUCCUGCCGCUAUGAUCCACAGCUGUGGUGACAGGCAGGUGCUUUGGUAAACACUAGCAGUGCAAGCUAGCUUGUAGCUUUAUAACAUAGCAAGACAAUGAAAAUCACUGAUAUUACCAAAGUGUUCUACAUAUUUGGACAGUUUACCAGUCAUCUGAAGUUUGGUUGAAUUGUUAUCCCAGACCCAGUUCUUCUUUUGGUUGUUCUUCUAAGUUGCUAGAGCGUAAAGUCUGGGUAUUCAGACGCCAGCAUUAUUAGCUCCUCCAUUUUGUCAUCUUUCUGUUCUGCAAUGCCUGCGUUUUGAUCAACCAAAGUCACAAAGCAACCGCCAGAAGUUCAACACUGAAAAUCUGUACGUGUGCGCAUGGAUGGCAAACACUUCAUAUCCCUACCUACGAAUUGAACAUCGCUUCCCCUCUGUUGACUCCCCAUCAGGUGGUGUGAAAGCAGCUUACCCUAACCAGUCCCACUCCUCUUGCCUAAAAUUAACCAACCCAACAAAGGAAGGCAACGAGUGCUAGCCAGUCAUAGAGCGAUAGGGCAGGUCGUGCCUUCGCCAUCCUAAAAAUCCAAAUUUUGCUUCCUGCACAAAUAUGACAGUGGUAGGCCUAUCGGUCUUCUCAUCUAACCAUUGGCACAAAAGCAAAUACAUGAAACCGGUACUUUCCAAAAUGUCAACCUAUUUGAAGUGCAUCGGCCAAAACAUGUCUUCCAUUUACAGUUAUGUCCUCUGUUAACAGGUCUCAUUGUGUUUGGUUGAGACCAAAUAUUGCUUUUUUCCUGUUACUUAUGAAGUGUUGCACUUGUUAACUAGUUACAUGUAGGCUACGAAUACUCAUCUUUAAUAUAUGGCAAAGCUGAUAUUCUUUACUUCCUGUCCUCUGUUGUAAGAAUAUCUGCUGGCCUUUUUUAUCAGGUGGGCUCAUGUUGCAAUAACUUUCCCUCAUAAGGAAAAAAAAAAAUCACGUCUGACAGAAGCUUCCAUGUUGCUUGGCCACUGACUUGCUUUACUAUUGUAAAAAAAAAUCCAAAAACAUCACUGUAUACAACAAAAAAGAAGAGCAAUAAACUUAU